GAAAGAAGGUGGUCUUCGCAACAGCCUGGCUUGCCACUGACAACGUGUUCGUCGCACUCAUGCGGUUAGCUUUUGGCAUGGUCGAUGUUGCUGCCUUUCUUGGGAAACUUAGCAUCCUGGUCUUGAGUGAUAUGCUAGACCUCCUGUCGUUGCAACAGGUUUUGACUGGGAUGAAUCUCGUUGCCAUUGACACCUUGCACCUCUUCCCGACGACUCUCGAAUGUGCCAAGCUGGUUGAGGAGAAGUAUGCCAAGAAGGCAAUGUGGAAGAUGCCGAAGGGGAUCACGACGAAGGACGAGUUCAUUGCCAAGUACGGCGACUGCGAGGAGCUGGACUCUGCCGACUUCGACUUUGUGAGCAAGGAGUGUGAGAAAGACAUCUUGAUCACGGGCCGCCGCAUGGACCAAGCGGCACAGCGCAUCAAGCUGGAUGUUUGGGAGGAUCAGAAGCGCACCUGGACACGUCAGGGGGAAGAGGGUGUGCCAGUGAACGCUGGCCACAACUGGGCCUUCCGCUGCGACGCGCCUAUCGAGGCCACCAGCCGCCACCUCCCGGACCUUCCCUGGACCAAGGUUGACCUUGGGAAGCCUUUUUGGCGAUGCACGGAUGCGGAGAUCAAGGGAAGCCCUGCAGCCCCGAUCACCUACGUUUUCAAGUCCUUCGGUGACAUGCCGCUUAGCCCUGUAAUCCCAGCAGCUAUGGGGUUGUUUAGAGUUCUAGGGAGUAGUGGUGUCUGUGAGAGAGGGAGCGGGCUUUCGGGGGUUCAGGGAUUUCGGGUUUGUCGUUUGCAGACUCGAUGGUCUGCGCUAAGCCCUCUUUGGUUCUCAGCAGAGGCUCUUGCAGGCUGGAUGCAAAAAAGGGUUUGUAGUGCUUUAGAGGCUUCCAUUGUUAUAGAGAUGUUCCUUCCUUUUCAGAAUGUCGAGACGAGUUGCUUGCUAGGUCCAGAAGUUAAGCAAAUCCUAACCUCUUGCUGGGAUACUUCUUGUUUAACCUCUACUAGAAAGGGUUAA